AACUAAAGACACAAUUUUCAAAUAUUGCCUUUGUGCAUAUACAGAAUGACUGCUGCUCUGGUGCUAGGGAAUCAACCAGGAACCCUGAUGGCUGGAUCUUGGUACCACAUGGUCGUCUGAAGAAGCCAUGGGAAGCUGUUGUAGCUGUCAAGAUAGAGAGUCCAUCCCUGACAAUCACCAGAAUAAAUUUAAGGUGGUAAACGUGGAUGAUGAUGGGAACGAGCUGGGAGCAGGCAUCAUGGAGCUGACUGAAGAGGAGCUGGUCCUUCGCACUCGCAAGUGUGAAGCUGUGAAGUGGCCUUACCUUUGUCUGCGUCGCUAUGGCUACGACUCCAACCUUUUCUCCUUUGAGAGCGGCAGACGCUGUCAGACAGGACAAGGUAUCUUUGCCUUCAAGUGCGCACGGGCAGAGGAGAUCUUCAACAUGCUGCAGGACAUCAUGCACAACAACAGCAUCAGUGUGGUGGAGGAGCCCGUGUUUGAGCCUAACCCGAGCCAGAAUGAACCAGAGCCUUCUGUCACGCCUCGCACUCCUACCACUCCAGGCAGUACUCUCCCUGCAUUACCCAAUGGUAGCCUGAGGUAUCCAUCAUUGGGUGAUGCUUCAUCCCAUCCUUCUAGUAGGCACCCCUCUGUUGGCAGCACCCGACUGCCCUCUGUUGGGGAGGAGUCUACGCACCCACUCCUGGUUGGUGAUGAGACUUUACGGGGCCAUACUUAUGUGAAUACCACGGGUUUGCUAGACGACCAGCCCAGCCCCAGCAGUGUGGAGCCUACCGCUGAGCCGCGUCUCCCUGAGGGGGAGGAGAAGGCUUUGCAGGAACCCCCAGAGCCUGGACCUCGGGUGCAGCUGGAGCCCCAGUGCGUGCGCUUCGUGCUGGGCCCCACCCCCGUACAGAGGCAGCUCAUGGCCAAGGAGAGGCAGCGCUUGCAGGAGGCCAGCGGAACGGGACAAUCAAGCACCGCAUGCGAGGGGGCGACCGGCGCGGCCCAGAGCCAUAACGGCAGCUCGGCCGCUCCGCCCAAACCCGGUAACACAGACUCUUCGUCCUCGUCUGAUGAGAGCAGCAGACCGGAGGAGGCUCCCGCCAGAGAGCCGGCUGCCCAGGAGAACUUCAACGGCAUGCUGCCGCCUUCUCGCCGCCGGACACGCCCACCUCCCCUCAGCGCGGAUGCCAACGUCAACAACUCGGCCCAGAGGAGGACGGCCCUGCUCGAUUACGAGAACCUCCCAGCCCUGCCGCCCCUCAAAGAGGACCCCAAGGCGGGUUCGGAGGAUGACGAGGACUUGGAGCUGAAGACGCCGUCUCUCAACGGCUACCACAACCACCGGCAGUACAGCCCCGACCCCACACACUACUAUAUCAACACGGAGAAUGUAACCGCCCCUCUUAGCGCCAACAAGCUGGACUCGGCCCGCUGGCGGGACCGCUCGGCCCCCACGGUGUUCAACUUCGACUUCCGCCGGCCUGGCCCCGACACCCAGUCCAGGCAGCUAAACUAUAUCGAAGUGGAGACGGAACGGGGCUCGGAUUCCAGCAACCCGCACACCCCCAAGACCCCGACCUCGCCCCUGCCGCAGACGCCCACUCGCAGGACCGAGCUGUACGCCGUCAUCGACGUGGAACGCACGGCGGCCAUGUCCAUUCUGCAGAAAGCACUGCCGCGGUACGACGGUACCUCCAGGAAGACACGCCACAACAGCGUGGACUUACCAAUGUGA